UGUCAUUAAAAAUAUUUAGUUAAUUAAAAAUUGCUGAUUCCAGCAUGUCUCAUUUAUAUUAGUCGUGCAUUGAUGUACAUACAAUUCUCAUUGUAUCAUUGAAUACCAGUGAAUAAAAAAAACCAUAGACAGUCGGUGAAUCGUCAAUUGUCCAAGUUUUCUGAAAAGUACAGUGCGAAAAUUAGUUAAUCUAUAAUGAUGGCUCAUCAUCCGCCUCAUCCAGUGGGGGGAAUACCGAUGAAUCCUGGUGGUGGUGUUGGUGGUGUGGGCAGCAUGCUGCCCACUCCCACAACGGGCGAGGGUCAAGGAUCGGUUGAAAUGUUACAAAAAGCUCUGGACGCCGUGAAGAUGCUUCGUUGCAACGUGACCGCAUUCUUCGAGACGAUCGCGACGGGUCCAAAACUAGAAAGCAACUCUAGUACGACCACCCAGGAGGAGAGGGAACGAGCCUUCAAGUCUGUCUUCACCGUAUUUAUGCAGAGAAUGGUGGAUAAUGUCAAGGAGAUGGAUGCAAACAUUUCAGGAAUGACUCAACCGUCACCAGGACCCUUCAAUUUAGGAAACUCUAGUUUUGUAAAUCAGGAAGUAGCUCCGGAACGGAUUCCUUUAUACUCUCAACUGGUGGAUAGUUACAAGUGGAUGGAAAAAGUGCAUGAAUAUUCUGGAGUAGCAAGUCCAAUUUUGAGUCAGAAUUCCAUGAAGCGAACAUAUUACAACACCAGUCUUUCCGCCAAAAGAAGGCGUACCUUGAUUAACAACUAUGUCGUUGCUCCGGAAGCAGUUAACAGCACGAUAAACGGGAUAGCAAAUUCAUACAAUGAUAUGAAAAUCAUUAUCACCAGGCCACUCGGAACCAAUGCAGCUCUCAAUAUUACACUUGGUCGAACUCUGACUGCUGUGAUUGUUUUGAAAGGCUGGCUCAUAGAAUGGGUUGUAAUUCGGGGAGUGCUUGAGGAAAUGAUGAAGGAAGAUGGAACACUUGAUUUUUGGUCCGAGUCGAGAUAUAAAGUGUUUCAGAAAGUGACUGACAAUGCAAAUGCUGCCAUGCUUCAUUUCUGCGCCCCAACGCAUCCUGAACUAUCCGUGAAGUCGUUUAUGACAUGGCUACAUUCGUACAUUACCUUGUUCACACAACCAUGUAAAAAGUGUGGGCUUCACUUGAACAAUAACCUUCCUCCAACGUGGAGAGAUCUCAGGAGUUUAGAACCAUACCAUGAGGAAUGCAAACCCUAGAUUUCGUAUUGUGCUGAUUGUAUAUUUGUUGGUAUUUGCGAUUACUCCAUACAAAUUCAUUAAUUAAGUAUAUAUUGAGUAUGAUAUGUAUUUAAAUUAUGGUUUUAAUAAAAAAUCUCAAAAAGUUAAA